AUGGCAUCCGCAGCCUUGACAGGACCAAAACUAGCCUCGUCAUCUUCUGACCGACGGGCUCGGCCAGCGGCCAGCGGCGUGCCUGGCUUUUUUUAUUCUGCGACCGCAGUCUACGGCGCGGCCGCGGUUCUGCGGCUGGUGCUGCUGGUCUAUGGUCUCUGGCAGGAUGCCCGCUCGCCGAUCAAGUACACGGACAUUGACUAUCUCGUCUUCACGGACGCGGCGCGCUUCGUGGUGCGCGGCCAGUCACCGUACGCGCGCGAGACGUACCGCUACACGCCGCUGCUGGCCUGGCUGCUGACGCCAGCCGGAAGAGCAGGAGCUGGUUCGGAUGGCAGCAGCCUCUGGACGGAUGUGGCCCUCUUGGCUUCGGGCAAGCUGCUGUUUGCGGCGGCCGAUCUCGUGGCUGGUUGGCUGCUGGAGCGGGUGCUAGUGGAACAGCUGGGGUCUCCGGCCCACCAGCAAGACGUUCCGUCCAUCUCUGUCCGGGCGCGCGCUCGCCUCUAUGCCAGCGUCUGGCUGCUCAACCCGAUGGUGGCCACGAUCAGCACGCGUGGCAGCUCCGAGGGUCUGCUCGGUGCCCUCGUGGCCGCGCUGCUCUGGGCCGUGCAAGUGGCCCGGCGACCCGGCCUUGCCGGCGUCCUUCUCGGCGCUGGCGUCCACCUGAAGAUCUACCCGUUCAUCUAUGCGCCCGCCAUCGUCUGGUGGAUGGAUGCCGACCGCAUGAACCCAGGAUCAACCGACGCAGACGUCGUCCGCCAGCGUCCAGCCGGCUCACGCUCACGCUCCUUCGCCGCCUUUCUCACGCCCGACCGCUGGCGCUUGGCUCUCGCCAGCCUCACCACCUUCUUCGGGCUCAACGCGGUCAUGCUGUCGAUCUACGGCUUCCCCUUUCUGCAGCACACCUUCCUCCAUCACGUCAGCCGCAUCGACCACCGCCACAACUUCAGCCCGUACAACACGCAGCUGUACCUCUCCUCGGCUGCGUCUGCUGCUCGCGGCACCGCUGUCGGCAACGCCACCUUGGACAGCUCGUCACAGCCUGCUCUUCCUGUCGAGUCCCUCGCCUUCUUGCCGCAGCUGCUGCUCUCGUCUGUCCUCAUCCCCCUCGUCGUCGCCAAGAAGGACCUCGCUACGUCCAUGCUGGCUCAGACCUUUGCCUUUGUCACCUUCAACAAGGUCUGCACUAGCCAGUACUUUUUGUGGUAUAUGGUGCUGCUGCCCGUCUACCUGCCACACUCGCCGUUUGUCCGGAAUCCGCGGCUCGGCAUCGCCACUCUCGCCCUCUGGGUGGCCGGUCAGGCCGCCUGGCUGCAGCAGGGAUACGAGCUGGAGUUUUUGGGCCGGAGCACCUUUGUGCCCGGACUCUGGCUGUCGUCGCUAGCCUUUUUCGCCAUCAACAGCUGGAUCCUCGGCCUCAUUGUUGGCGGCGUCGCGUAG